UUUAUAAAAUCAGAAUGCCAUCUGGCGUUUGCGUUAUUCACCCGAAUGAGUCACUUUGGCAAGCUACGGUUUCUGUCGGGUCAACACGAGUCUUUCCUCCGACUCAGUUCAUUUAAUUUCUUAUUAAAGACGAAUCAAAUAAUCCACCACGGGAAACAUGAAAGUACCACCAAAUCAGCCUGACGAACAAAUCGUCAGCAAUUCUGUCGAUGCUAAUAAUGCAGAUUCUGAUGAUGGAUUGAAUGAUGCACCUCACUCACCAAGCCGUGAAGGGGACUUCUCUGAAUACAUGUGGAUGGAAAAUGAAGAAGAAUUUGAAGAACAAAUAAUGCAACAGUUAGAGGAAGAAGCUUUGGUGCAACAGUGUAUUGAUGAUGUGUGUGCUGAAAUGGAUGCUUACAUUGCCUCUAUAAACAAUGAAACUACCAAUCAAAAUGGAAAUGCUACACACAAUGGUUCAGCAGAAGAUGCUCUCACUCUGGAGCUCCAAAAUCUUGCCGUUGAUGAUAAUGCUGCACAGUCAAGCAAACUUAAUCCUGAUGCAGCAGAAUUUGUUCCACGAUUUGGGUCUUCAAUUCCAUCUGCCGUAAGCAAGGAAGAUAAACUAUAAGUCAUUUUGUUAUUGCAUAUUACAGGUUAUCCUUUCAAAAACAUGGCUACUGAUUUAUAGCAAUCAUGGCUACUGGUUGAUAGCAAUUGUGCAUAAUGGAGUGAAAUCUCAACAGUGUAUUUUGAUGCAAGGUGUAUGGCUUAAUUAUUCUAAGUUUUUUGUAUGAGGUGACCAGCUUAUGUUGUUAGCAAUGUGAAUAUCAUAGCUUUUUUGAAUUUUGGUGCCUUGAUUUUUGUUUAUCAUCUUAUCUGCUUUUCUCAUAAUUUCCAGGGUUGGGGUUAAUGUUAUGAUUAUAUUGGGCAUUUUUCCCCAUCUUUGGGUAUCUCUGUUUCCCUUAUUUCUAGGUUGUUGUGUACUUUAACUCUUUUAUUGGAGCCAUUUCGACUUACUCUAAGGAACUACUCUUUGACAUUCGUGUUUACUAUCGUAUGGAAUUGAAUUUCUCCGCGUGUAAAUAAAUUGUAAAUUAAAA